CGUCUAUAAAUAGCGGGGUCGAUCGGAGAGGAAGAGGCCGUGAAAGGGGUUGCUCGAGGGACUACAGCUUGCAAUCCGCGUCCAAAGAUUGAACGAGAUGGCCAGCAACGAUACCUUCCUUUUCACCUCUGAAUCCGUGAACGAGGGGCACCCUGACAAGCUCUGCGACCAGAUCUCCGAUGCUAUUCUUGAUGCCUGCCUCGCGCAAGACGCUGACAGCAAGGUUGCGUGUGAGACCUGCACCAAGACCAACAUGGUCAUGGUGUUUGGCGAGAUCACGACCAAGGGCAACAUCGACUAUGAAAAGAUCGUUCGCGAAACGUGCCGCUCGAUCGGAUUCGUGUCCGAUGAUGUUGGCCUGGACGCCGAUCACUGCAAGGUGCUCGUCAACAUCGAGCAGCAGUCUCCUGACAUCGCGCAGGGCGUCCAUGGGCAUUUCACCAAACGCCCUGAGGAGAUCGGUGCCGGUGACCAGGGCCACAUGUUCGGGUACGCAACCGACGAGACCCCCGAGUUUAUGCCCCUCAGCCACGUCCUUGCCACCAAGCUCGGUGCCCGCCUCACGGAGGUCCGCAAGAACGGCACCUGCCCUUGGCUGAGGCCCGACGGUAAGACCCAGGUCACGGUGGAGUACCAGAAUGACCACGGCGCCAUGGUGCCCAUCCGCGUCCACACCGUGCUGAUCUCCACCCAGCACGACGAGACCGUCACCAACGACGAGAUUGCUGCCGACCUCAAGGAACAUGUCAUCAAGCCUGUCAUCCCCGAAAAGUACCUGGACGAGAAGACCAUCUUCCACCUUAACCCGUCCGGGCGCUUCGUCAUCGGCGGUCCCCACGGAGAUGCUGGGCUCACCGGCCGCAAGAUCAUCAUCGACACGUACGGUGGCUGGGGAGCUCACGGUGGUGGCGCCUUCUCAGGCAAAGAUCCCACCAAGGUCGACCGCAGCGGCGCCUAUAUAGUCCGACAGGCGGCGAAGAGCAUUGUCGCCAGUGGCCUCGCUCGCCGCUGCAUUGUGCAGGUGUCGUACGCAAUCGGUGUGCCUGAGCCUCUGUCGGUGUUCGUGGACACCUACGGCACUGGCAAUAUCCCGGACAAGGAGAUCCUGAAGAUUGUGAAGGAGAACUUUGACUUCAGGCCGGGGAUGAUCACCAUCAACCUCGACUUGAAGAGGGGAGGCAAUGGCAGGUACCUCAAGACUGCAGCUUACGGACACUUUGGAAGGGACGACCCCGACUUCACCUGGGAGGUGGUCAAGCCUCUUAAAUGGGAGAAGCCUGCUGCCUAAAAACCUACCAUGCAUGUCUUUACAUCUACAUCGUUCUUAUUAGCUGUUGUAGAACUCCCAAUCUUUUUGGUAGUUCUGAUUCCAAUUGUUCCAUGUUAUUUUGCCUGUCUCCUGUUCUUGAUGUGCUCUUGUCGUUGGUUUGAUGAAAGAAGAGGAAGUGUGCGUUACUCUUUCUAGAGGUGUUGGGGGCAUUGAUAUUGUACUCUAUUAAGUUGAGAAAUGAUGCUUAUGGAUCUUGCAGUUUAUCUCAAUGCAUUAUUA